AUGUCAAGGACUUACACGAAGCCCUCGGCAACCAGCCUGUCUCGGAAAAAGUCUCCGACAUACCAGAUUGAGGAGUCAUCGGCCAGCUUGGAGGACUUUCCACUGGACUCGCCGGUAACCGCAGGCGCCCACAUUGCGACAUGGGUCCUCUACUUCGGGUAUCUGGCAUGGCGAGUAAAGCUCAUCUGGGAGCUGUAUGUUCCUAACACCGUGACUUGGUCCUUCCUAUGGCUCAAUGUCUUGAUGGAGGUAAUCAACAUUCUAUCAGACUUUGUCUCCCGGUUCGAAAUUCUCCUGUAUAUCCCGUUUGGGCGCAGACCUGCUCAUCGUCCAUCAUACUACCUACAUGGAGAUAUUGCGCCCGCUGUGGAUAUAUGUAUCACCUGUUGCGGGGAGGAUCUGGACGUGAUAAUGGAUACAGUGGCGGGGGCCGCCUCACAAAGUUACCCACGAGAUCGAUUCCGUGUGUUCUUGCUCGACGACGCGAAAAGCUCGGCACUGGAGACUGCCGUCCGAGAAUUCAACAAUCAACGACCCAAUGGCUUCCAGAAUGUCAUUUAUCUGGCCCGGAAGAAGCAACAAGGAGCUCCGCAUCACUACAAGGCGGGGAAUCUCCGGUAUGGACUAUCAGAGAGUGCCAGAAGAGGCGGAGGAGCUGAGUUCGUGGCAGCAUUGGAUGUCGACAUGAUCCCCGUGAAGGACUGGCUUCGACGUGUCGUUCCUCAUUUGCUUCUGGAUCAAAAUGUAGCAAUGGCUAUUCCACCGCAGCGGUUCUACAACACCCCAAAGAACGACAUGCUGGGCCAAGAUACGAAUGUGUUCGCAAGUUUGACAGAGCCAAUGAACGACAGCUUGGGAGGGGGAUGGCCUCUGCAGAACGCCGGAGAGGAUAUACUAUGUGCCUGGCUUCUAACCUCCCAAGGAUGGGACCUUACGUUUGUGAAAGAUGAGGUACAAUUCGGACUGGCUCCUGAUUCUUUGGCUGCAUGGUUCAAGCAGCGUGCACGGUGGACGGACGGCAACAUUCUUUCAUAUCGCAACCUUGGCUGGUUUCUCUCAAACAACGAUUUUGGUAGUCGCAGGACAGCACUCCAGCGUAUCUUAGGACUAUGCCACAUCGCGAAGACUUACGUCGCUCUUCCUAACAUGUUCUUCAUUGUCCUUCUUCCAUUGGCUCUAUACCCAGUCGAAUGGACCGGCACGGAACUACCUGACUCAUGGAGACAUAACUUGGGUCAAUCCUACCUCAUCUUCCUACUUGCCACAUUACUUCAGAAGUUCUGCUACGCCCGGAUCCACUCAGGCGUCAGUGUGAAAGUCGCUAAGAACCACCAAGCCAACCGAUUCUGGAAUACGCCUUUAAACACGGCACGCAUAAUCCGCUCCUGGAUCCCCGGCAACAUCGUGAGUUUCGAAAUCACAGGAACAGUGGUAUCAUCGAUCAACGAGCGUUCCGCCACGCACCGCAAACCACUAUGGACUCGUCUUCUGAACUCGAUGAUCCUGAUUCCUGCGGUGGUCGUUUUUCUGUUCUCUUCGGUUAUGAAGUUGUCUAUUCCGGUACAGUAUAUGGCAUGGCCGCCUACUGUGCCGGAGAGGCGACAGCUACUGAAUAAGGAUGUUGAUGGGGCGUAUCGGGCACCUGAGGUAAAGAAGAAGAAUAAGUGUGCGAAUGGUAAGUACCUCAUCAUGUUCGAUCGGGUGCAGGACGUCUAUCGAAUGCUCCUUGCAGCAGUGGAUGUGUUGGGUUUUCAUACAGGAAAAACACCUAUGAAGUAUGCACAAAGGGUGGCCAUCGAUGGCAGGAAGUGCAAUGUGGUAUGGACUGCACUUGGAGCCGCACUGCCUGUGGUCAGUCUAUGGACCUUGUUCCUAGAUGCCGAGCGAAAGCCCAUGAAACGUGAGAUCGGACUACAACUGUCAAUGUGGACACUAAAUCUGCUCGAAUGCCUGUUCUGCUACUCUGGGCGACCGGAUACUGCUGGCCUUUCCACUGACUUACCAGGAAGUGCCGGGCGGCUUGUAACCGCCAUAGUCAUUGGGAUUGACUGCUAUCGACAACGUAGGAGUGGUAGCUUUCACCAUCAGCGUCUACUACUCUCCCAGCUCCAAGUAAUUACGGCUAUAGGUGGAGUCUACUGCAAUUGGAGAUUUAAUCCUGGUUCCAAAGGUGCCUCGCGAAAGGACCAGAAAGUGGACCAAGAAGAAACGAGCAGUUUCUUCAGCAAAAUGUCAUUCAGCUGGGCAAGUCCCCUUCUGCAAAAUUCCAAUGAAAAAGGGCUUCUCGAAAUGCAGGAUCUUCCUCACCUCCGCGAUGAAUAUAGUGCGGGUAGCAUGAAAGGUGACUUCUUGAUAGAGCAGAGGAAUUUUGCGCUACGAAAAAGGUGGCCGUUCGUAUCUGCCCUAUGGAAUCUCACAUACAAAUCUCUUCCUGGGCAGAUAUUGAUGGGCAUCAUGAUCACUGCCUUGAGCUUCGCUCCUCAAGCAGCACUGUUUGGUCUUCUCGACUCGCUCAAUAGUUCUUGGACGGUUUCUUGGGCAUAUGUCCUCGGUCUGUGUCUGCCACUCGUUCUAUCGGCAAUACUCGACAAUAGGAGAUACUGGAUUUCUUACCGGUGUUUAUCGCUCCGAGUUCAGCAGCACCUGAUGGUCGCUUUGUUCGACAAGGCCACCCGUCUAGAUCUAGCCUCUCCAACUGAUUUAUCGAUGGAGAAAAAGACCGCCGCCAGAAACACAGCAGAUCCUAGCAGUCUGAUGACCCUGAUGUCGGUUGAUUUGAAACGAGUAUCAGACCUUAUGUUAAAUUCUUACGCUAUCUUUGAGACUCCGAUACGCCUCCUUGUAUCUGCUGCGAUGCUAACCAGGCUUGUCGGUUGGCAAAGUCUGCUUGCCAGUGUGAUAAUUGUCAUGCUGCUUUGGCCACUUAAUAAGUACACUGUAAAGCGCUAUACCUGUGCGAAUAAAACAAUGAUGGAAUACAGGGACCGCAAGAUGGCAUCGGUGACAGAGGCUCUGCAUGGUAUUCGUCAGAUAAAGGUUUCCGCGAUGGAAGAGCAAUGGGAGGACAAAAUCAACUUGUUGCGCGAAGGGGAACUGGAGGCACAACGAGUGACUUUCCAGUGGAAUCUCGUCCUGAUGGCUCUAUACCUACUGACGCCCACAGUUCUGUCGACGGUGGUGUUGACGAUGCACUCAGUUGUUCAUGGGUCCCUCUCGCCGGCCACUGCCUUCACGGUCAUGUCUGUGCUCAACACCAUGCAAAGCUCAUUGACGGCUAUGCCUGGGAUCAUAUCAUCUGGACUCAAUUGCAUAUUUAGUUCAAAACGGUUGUCGGAAUACCUCACCACCCCCGAGCAGCUUUCUGUUGUGCUGCCAUCUGAAAAUAUUGAAUUUCACGAUGCAUCCCUAGCAUGGCAUGGACAUACAGAUGGCAAAGUGGCAGUUUUAAGGAAUGUCAAUCUAAAAAUUCCAAAACACGGUAUGUCGGUUAUUGCGGGACCGACGAGUGCUGGCAAAAGUCUUCUCCUGGCCGCAAUACUAGGCGAGUGUGACAUUCUCAGCGGCACAGUCCGAGCUCCAACCAGGCGGGAAUGGAACCCGACCUUUCAACGGGGCCAGGAGUGGCUCGUUGAGGGAGCAAUUGCAUACGUGUCUCAAACCCCAUGGAUCGAGGCCACUACGAUAAAAGAUAAUAUCCUGUUCGGUUUGCCGUACAACCCCGAAAGAUACGACCAGGUGGUGGCUGCGUGUGCGUUGGAUCAUGAUCUGCAGAGCUUUCCCGAUGGGGACCGGACUCAAUUGGGUCCAAAUGGUGUCAACUUAAGCGGUGGACAGAAGUCGCGACUAUGUCUCGCUCGGGCCCUCUAUUCGCGAGCCACGGUCCUACUUCUGGACGAUAUACUUAGCGCAGUUGAUGUGCACACUGCGGCUCAUUUGUGCAAACAUGCUUUGACUGGGCCCCUGGCACAGCGAAGGACAUGUGUUCUUGUAACACAUCACGUAUCUUUGUGUUUGAACUACGCUACAUGUGUAAUGCAUAUCGGCGAAGGUAGUGUAUGUUACAGUGGAGCUACUAAUGUGAGAGAAUCUGGGAAAGAAAACAAUCGCAUGCCUCUUUCAUCAAUCCUGGCGUCUAGUGAUGUUAAGGAUGCUAGCAAAGAUGAGAACAAGACGCUGAAAGCGAGGGGUUUAACCCAAGCCCCGGGCAAGCGAUUUACCCAUGAUGAGUUCCGGGCAACAGGCUCAGUUCAAUGGGGGAUAUUGCAAGACUAUAUUCAACAGAGUGGUACGUUGGUUUAUUGGCUGUUACUUAUAUUGGGGUUCCUGAGCUAUAGCGGACUCAUGCUUAGCAGGGCUUGGUGGCUCGGCGUAUGGAGUCAAUCCUAUGAGUCUCCGUCAACGACAGAGAGUGAUCAAUUCAGAUACCACGCCCAAAUCUACAUUAUUCUGUCGGUACUGGUGUGCGUCGUCGGCUCACUGCGGAGCUACUUUGCAGUACUGGGCUCCAUGAAGGCCUCACAUAGCCUCUUUCGUCGGUUUCUACAUCAGGUCCUCCGGACCCCUCUCAGGUGGAUAGAUACAGUUCCUGUUGGGAGAGUGCUGAACCGCUUCUCGAACGACUUCAGUCUCGUGGACACCCAACUUGGCGAUGAUGUGCGAGCCAUCCUAUCUUACUCAAUGGAAGUUUUAAUGGCUGUGGUCCCGGGCUUAGUCGUCAACCCCCUUUUCCUCGUCUCUAGCGGUAUUCUCGGAGCCAUAACCACUCGGUACGCAAAAUGGUACUUGGUCGGUGCCCGCGAACUGAAGCGGCUCGACAGCGUCGCCCGAAGCCCUAUAUACGAGCAUAUCGAGUCGUCUUUGGCAGGUCUGUGGACAAUCCGCGCAUUCGGAAAAACUGGUGUAUACCAGGAGCAAUUCCGACAGAAGCUUGACCGCCGUGCUCGUACGCAAUGGCACAGCUGGAUGUUCAACCAGUGGCUCGCUUUUCGUUUGGAUUUGAUCGGUGCGAUCUUUACGGCCAUUUCUGCUGCUGCUGUGGUUAUGCUUGCGGUAGAUGCCUCGACCGCAGGAUUCACCAUUAGCUUUACGAUGAGACUCACGCAGUCGAUAUCAAUGGGGAUCCGCCGGUAUGCGUCCUUGGAGCUGGACCUGAGUAGCGUGGAGAGGAUUCUAGAGUACUGUAAUCUAGAGAUCGAGGAUAACUCGGGUCAUCCUGCACCUGUCGACUGGCCACAAGAAGGGGUGCUUGAAGUGAAGAACUUGACAGUACGAUAUGCCCCUGGCAUUUUUCCAGCGCUUCAAAAUGUUAGCUUCCGAGUGACACGAAACCAACGUGUUGGAGUAGUGGGGAGAACCGGUGCUGGGAAAUCCUCUCUGGCCCUCGUGCUAUUUCGAAUCCUCGACGCCAGUGAGGGGCAGAUUCUUAUCGACGGAGUUGAUAUCUCUGAUAUUCGUCUGCAUGACGUCAGAAAACGACUAGCUAUGAUUCCCCAGUUUCCCUUCAUUUUUAGAGGCACAUUGCGAUCGAAUCUGGAUCCUUUCGGGAACUGCGAAGACGCUGAGCUUCUCUCGGCCCUCUCUCGCGUUCAUUGGAGCAAGGCCAACAUUUCGGAGGAUCAGGCUAUCGACAAACCUGUUUCGCAGGGUGGCACACGGAAGGAAAAAAAGAGCGAUGAUGACACCUCGGUCUUGGAUAGCCCGGUUGCUGACGGAGGCUCUAAUCUCUCAUACGGCCAACGCCAACUUCUGUGCCUAGCGCGAGCUCUGAUCCAGAUGCCACGCUUGCUAAUACUCGACGAAGCGACCUCGGCCGUUGACAAGACAACAGACAGCGUUGUUCAACAAUCAAUCCGGUCGGAAUUCGGUCGAAAUGAUAGUACGCUGCUUGUGAUCGCCCAUCGUCUAAGUACAGUGGCAGACUUUGAUCAAAUCUUAGUCCUUGGCGGAGGUAAAGUUUUGGAGUUCGGUCAACCUGUAGAGCUUAUGCGUCGAGAUAAUGGUGUGUUCAGAAGUAUGGUCGAGGAGGACGCUGAAAAGGACUCGAUAGUGAGGGGAAUUCUCAGUACCGGCCAAUCACCUCUACACCCUGAUUAG